GUAGGAAGGGGAAUGCUCUUCAAUCCAAGUAAACUGAGAACUAUACGCGCUCGACUGAAUACUCCAGGGGCCCUCCGAUCCCUACAGGUCAUUGUCAAACAUCUGCCGCCACUCUGCAGGGUUGUCCGCAUCACAAUUGAUAUUCCAGAAGACUGUGAUCCAGCUUAUUUUGAGCAACUUCAUUGCCCAAAUUUAGAACUUAAUUUUCAAGAAAUAUCUCUUGAAAAUAAAAACUGGAUCAUUAAGGCCAUUAAAGCUAUUGGCGGAAGAAAUGGCAUCUGGAGGGCAUGCUUUAACACCUGCACUAUGGACGUGGAGUGCCAGGCAGCCCUCAUAAAAGAUCUUGCAGGACUCAUAACGAAUAAAUUAUCAAUCCGCACCAUCAUGGAUAUGGAUGAAGUACAACAGAAAAAGCUGCAACAGCUUGCUACUUUUACUGUCAACUGGAUAUAGGAAACCAUCUUGUUUCAUGACCCCCAUUUUGGAAACUACAUAUUGUUUUAUGAUUUCCAUUUUUUUUUUCUCAUUUUUUUUGUUAUCAGUGUAAUCACAAAUAAAUGACCAAUCUUUAUUAUGGAUACUGAUAGACAGCAGAAAAAACUACAGCUUUAUGCUUUUAUUGUCAACUGGAUAUAGAAAACGACAUCUUAUGACUUCCAUUUUCCCAUUCAAAUUUUUAUCAGUGUUAAAUAUUAAAUCAUCAUCAUUAUUCUCAGAGAUCUCUUGAUGCCCUAUGUUUCUAAUAUAUUUUUCUGUCAGUGUUUUGAGUUUACCUUAUGUUUCUAGUGGACAAAUUAUAUUUUUUCAGUGUUUGGAGUUUUUUUUUUUUAAUUUGAGGACAGUAGCAUUCACUUAAUAUGCCAAAGUAUGUUAUUAAUAGAAUUAUUAUAACUAUAUAUUUUUUUAAUUAUAUUUAUACACCAUUGACUAAAAAUGCUAUAUCUACCUAUAUAUAAAUGUUUUUGUAUUAAAUGGGAAUACUUUUGGCAAAUUCAGCAUCUGAUUAAAGUAAUUUUCUGUUUUAGGUGCUACAAUUACCAUUAUAUGCUUGAUAUAUUCCACAUUUUACCGUAGCAUUUUUCUAUACUAUUUACCACUUGGAGCAAUGCUUUUGACGGACAUAACUGUUACAAGUGUUGAUUUGAAAAUGUGUUUUGGUUUGUGCAAGACAGGUUUCUUAGUUAAUACUUUGUAUAGCUGAAUAUUUUAAACAUUUAUGAUGUAUUUCUGUUAAGCAGCAUAAUUCUAAAGCUAAUAAAAUAAAGUUGAAGACUUCUUUUGUAUUUGGUGGAAAAGUAUUAAAACUGGAUCAUAUAUA